CUUGGAGACGGACGGACUGUUUUCAAACCCACAGCAAUACAACUGGAAAACAGACGUCAGGCUAAUACAGCUACUGUUCAUGUCCCAAUCAUUUCAGGAAAAUUACUCUUUAUAUUCACGUUGUUCAUAUUCAUGGAUGAACACGAAUGAACAAGCGGAAAACAAAACGCAUUGGAAAAGGUAGGCAGAAAGAGCAUGAUGAGCGUGCUGGGCCGUAGCUGUCGUAGCUAGUCACACGGUGGGUGGGAGGGGAGGGAGACCAUCCGCACCACCAGCAACACUGCACCAUGGCGAAACCCGGGGCCGACAGAGAUGGAUCCAUGGUGGACAAACCGACUGGGAAGAAGAGCAAAGAUAAGAUUUCCCUCUUCACCAAGACUCCGAAGCUUGACCGCAGUGAGUUUCUGGGGGGGAAGGAAGGGAAACCACCCAAGUCUAUCAUGAAACGCAAACUGUCCUUCACCGUGAGCCCUCCUCGCAACAAGGAGAGAGAAUCAGACACAGAUGAGUCAGACCCAGGCCAGUCCACUGAGUCCUGGGGAGAGUCUGAAGGGAGGUUAGUGACUCCCUGCAGGAUGUGUUUAGCAGAUAAAGAUGGCCCGGAUAAGAAGAAAGUCAAGAAGGAGUCUGGGGGGAGUAAGAAGGCCCCGGUUAAUCUCCUGUUUGGCUACCCGCUGUCGGAACGCAAGCAGAUGGCCCUCCUGAUGCAGAUGACCGCAAGGGACAACAGCCCAGACUCGACACCUAGCCACCCGUCCCAGGCCCCCCCGGUGCAGAAGAAGCUCCCCAGCAGCACGGCCUCCAGAGCGAGGGACAAGGUGAACAAGAGGAACGAGCGUGGCGAGACGCCGCUACACAUGGCCGCCAUACGAGGCGAUGCCAAGCAUGUCAAGGAGAUCAUCAGCCUGGGAGCUGAUGUCAACGUCAAAGACUUCGCAGGCUGGACCCCUCUUCACGAGGCAUGUAACCUCGGUUACUACGACGUGGCCAAGGUUCUGAUCGCGGCCGGCGCAGAAGUCAACACCCAGGGUCUGGACGACGACACGCCGCUCCACGAUGCCUCCAGUAGUGGACAUACAGAUAUUGUGAAGCUGCUGCUGAGACAUGGAGGCAAUGCGUUCCAGGCCAACAAGAGAGGGGAGCGGCCCGUGGACAUCGCUGAUUCCCACGAGCUGGAGCUCCUCCUAAAGGGAGAGGUGCCCCUCUCAGACCCAGAGGACAGCUCCUCAGAGUCUGAAGACCCUCCGUCGGUUAACCCCUCAAGUGUGGAUGAUGACAACAUGGAUGACUCGGACAUGGAGAAAGUCUCUGAAGGCAAACGGAGCACCGUGAAGGCCUCACCCCCCAUGUCUGGCCUGGACGAGUAUGAGUUCAAAGACGAGGAGGAAGAAGAAGACCUGAGUAAAGCCCUGAACGACAGACACAUCCUCCGGAGAGAGCUGAGGCAGGAAGAGAAGGAUCAUUUGGCCGUGAAGCAGAGCGGUGAAGGGGACGGGAGCGGCUCAGUCCAGUCCUCUAAGUCUAAGAAGACGAAGACGUCGUCCCGCGUCCUGUAUUGCACCUCGGAUAGUUCCAGUGAUGAGAUGGAGAUGCCGUCAGAGAGAAGGAGCUCUCCGACCUGUUCCCACGGCUCGGAGGGACACAAGGCGUCUGACGCCAGCAGGACUAAGAAAGAGAACCUCACGACUUCCGAAAAGAAAGACAAAGGCAGCAAAGUAAAGAAGAAGAACAAGAGCAAGAGUAAGAACAAGGAGAACCAGGAGGACGGGAAGGAAAACAGCAAAGCUCUGGUGUUCUCCGUAGCCACCGUGUCUGUGUCGGAGACACACACGGACAAGAACAGCCGGGGACUCUGUGGGGACGAAGACUCGUUCAAGAUGUCCUUCAGUCCCAAGGAUGACUCGUCCGUCCACCUCUUCCAUCUGUCUGCCACAGUCAAGUCCCCCAAGCUCAACCACGGCCUGGCCGACAAGCAGCCGUCCUCCAACCCGCUGAAACAGGAGAACGCCAAGAUGACGUGCGUCUCGAUUGCCGAAGGCCCCUGUCCGCCGGAUGGUGUCAAGUACAACCACUACAAACCAGAGUCUGAGUUCUGCACGGAGAGCUCCAGUAGUAAAGGCUGCAAGCACAAGGAGAAGAGCAAGCACCACCAGAAUGACUUCAUCAUGGACGCGGGGGGAGAAGAUGGAGGCUCCAGUCCGUAUAAUAAAGAUGGCGGCGUGGACAUCUCUGAAGGUGGUGCCUUACGGAAGACGGAUAAGGACGGCAAGGUGGUAAAGAAGCACAAGUUAAAACACAAGGUGAAGGACAAGCCCAGGAGGGAGUAUGAGCCAGAGAGGAACCGCCACCGGCAGAAGGAGGGCGGCAGAAAGGACGGCCACAGGAACCUGGAAUUCGACCGGGAGUUCUGGAAAGAGAACUUCUUCAACGAUGACGAACCUUUGCCUCCAGGGAAAAUGGAGAGGGAGGACUGUGGAUCUCCUCAGAAUACCUCAACGUCGGGCAGCUCUCCUGUGAAGGAAGAGAGAAAAGAGACGAAAGAAAAACACCCCUCUAGCAUCAGCAGCAAGGAGAAAAAGCCGAGAAGAGAAGAGGAACGCUUGAAGAAGGAGAGGAAAGAGACCUCAGCUGUCUGUAAAGAGGAGAGGGGGGGUAAGGAUGGGAAGCUCAGUGAGCGUGAGGAAAGGACUGAGUGCCUAAGCUCUGUACGGGUUUCGGUUCCUGAGGAGACGCAGCGUAACUCCACCAGUGUGAAUGACGAACCGGAGGAGAAACCGGUAACGGGGACCACGUCUACAGCUGAUUCAGACCAGCUGGAUGCCUCUGAGAAAUGCCGGCGGGACAAAUACGACAGGAGGCCUUCUGUAAAGGAACGUGAGGUUGACAAGACGGAUAAAAAGCAUCCCGACAGAGAAAAGAAAGUCAAGAUUGAGCACCCUGAGAAAUCAGAGAAUUCACAGAAUUCCAUGGAUCGCUGGAAAGAGAGGGAGAAGGAAAGGAUGGCAUCCCCUGGUGACAAGAACCACAAAGAGAUUGAGAAGCUCAGAGCCUUGUCCUCGACUAAAAAAUACGACGAGAGCAAGGACAAGAAGAGCAAAGACAAGCCAGAUAAGAGGAGUGACAGGGAGAGGCAGGAGAGGGAAUACAACGCGGGAGAACACAAAGACAGGACGAGCUUUGAUAAGAAAGGAAAACCAACUUUAGAGAAAUCCAUGGACCACAGUAAAUCCGAUCGCUCUAAGGAAAAGGAGAAAGACAAAGACUGCGAUAAGAAGAAAAGGGAAAAAUCUAAAGACAGUGCUUUCUCAUCUUCCUCCUCCUCUUCUAACCUGAAGCUCCUUUUGGAGGAGAAGGGCUAUGUGUCUGAAAGUUGCAAGACAUUACCAGCAAAACUACUAAAGACAGAGGACCUCCCAAAGACGCCAGAGAAAGACCGAGACAGGAGAGACAGAGAAUCCAGAGACUCGGACAAGCACCGAGAUCGGGACAAAGACCGUUCCAAGGACCGUUCCAAGGAGGGUAGCAAGGCCAGUAAGACCAAACUCAAUGAGACAGAGACUGACCGAGACAACCGGUCCAAAGCUAAAGCCUCGCCUGCCACUCGGGAAGAGCAGAAGCCCAAAGAGAAACGUCUGGUCAAUGAAGACCUGAGGCAGACCAGCUUCGAACGCAUGCUGAGUCUGAAGGACCAGGAGAUUGAACAGUGGCACCGGAAACACCUAGAAAAGAUCAAACAGAAGGAGCGGGAGAGGAUGAAACAACGGCCUUCCUCUACGACGACAGACACAGGGAAGCUCAAAAGCAAAGCCAAAGCCAAGACUACGUCCUCGUCUUCUGGAGAACUGUGCUUGAGCAAAGAAUUGCUUCGCUCCAAGAGCUCUGAAGGCUCCUCCGACGUUCACUGUCGGGACAGAGACAACCCCCUUAAGGACAGCACCAGCUCCAGGACCAUGUCUCUGGACGGGAAGACACUCUCCUGCCUCAGUGGGAAGCUGAUGGCUGGUAUGGAGAACAGCUUGAGCAGGUCACCCAGGCCAGAAAGCGAGCGGUCGGGUCUUAUGUCCAGGUCCGUGUCUAUGAUCUCUGUGGCCAGCUCUGAAGACUCCUGUCAGGCUACAUUGCUGACACCGAGACCUAUUGAGUACGACUCUGAUAUGACCCUGGAGACCUCCCAGGACUUUCAGCUGCCUUUCCUCCUGUCUUCCUUCCUCUCAUAUCCUGCCGUUCACGACAAAGACGACAACAGUCUUCUAGAAGAGCCGGGGCAAGGUGGCCAGACUCCGCUGCAGAGCAGACACGCUUCCCCCUGCCUUAGGGCUAUUCUGGACGAAGACGCUAACUGUGCGACGGCGUCUGAGUGCAAACCUUUCGAAACUCUGUCCAAGGUCGCCGUGGUGCCUGCUGCUCAACCCAGUGAAGAGUCCACAAGUGUUCAGCCUUUAGAAACCUGUGCGGAUCCGGAGGAGAGCCAGAGUCAAAGUGAUCCAAUUCAGAUGCUUCCGAAUCUUCCUAAUGCAAUAACAGAUGCAGAUCUCAACACUGAGAGCGAAGGGAACACCGCUUCGGGUGUCUAUCGCCCACCUCAAGCGUCCAACGCCAGAGAUCCUCACGUAAAGGACUCCUCAACACUUCAGCAGGCUAGUGUCCAACAGCUAGCUUCGCCAGAACAGAGAGGGUUUUCUUCCACCUCUGAUCCUCUCCUAAUACGGGACGUCCAGUGUAUCCCUGUGGAGACUUCCAGUGCGGCGCCCGAAUGUAGCAUGAAAGACCUGCCCUCUGAGGACAUGACGCCACUGGUGACAUUAUCUUCUCUAUCCUGUCAACUGCCGUUCUCCAGCACCGAAACCACCUCAUCUCUCUCUGCUAGCCAGUCACGGGAAACCUUUCCAAACACCAGUACUGUGACCUCACAGCAGACGAAGACAGAGAUUGAUGGAGAUCUGGUUCUUGAUUCUAAAGAUACAACUCCAGUUGAGAGUGGAGCUAGCAGCGCUGAAAACAGAGCAGCUGUAGAGAGCCUUCAGAGUGCGUUAGGAGCGUCUAGACCCGGAUGGGUGGACAACCCAGUAGCCUCCACCAGCAAACACCCACCACCCAGCGCUAGCUCAGAGGACUCCACGAUGACCACCAGCAAACCCAAGGACUCUCAAGAGGAGAUGGACUCUGACGGGAACAGUAAAGACUGUAAGAAAUCCAGAUUCUCCAGUGACAUUGUGGGUCCUAGCGAUCCUCAGCCGGACAAAAACUAUCCUACUGGCCAGCUUACAUCAUCCACUGUGUUGCGCUGCUCGAGCCCUGAACACAAGGAAGAAGAAGAAGCUUCUGACGCUCCUGAGAAGUGGAGAGGUCUUGAGGCCAUGUCAACAGAAAAGGCUAGCUGUUGGUCUUCAUCAGAGGGCAGUAGUAUGGUCACCAUCCCCGAGGUGAAGUCAGAGCCACGCCACGAUCCUACCUCCGAGGAGAGACCAGAAGGACAGACUCCCUCGAUUGUUGGAUCAGACCAGACCCAGAGUGUUUCUGGACAAAGUUGUAACUUCCAGCAGGGCUCCCGGACAGACCAGAGUGGUAGUAGUGGUAGUUACAGCUGCAGUGGGUUCUCUGCUAGCUCUUCCCCCCAGUCUGGGGACAGAGACUCUGACUCCUCCGGGGCUAAGGCCAAGGUCCUCUCCUUAACCAUGGAAGAGGACCAGGACUUCCAGCAGACCCACCCCAGGAAGAGAAAGAUGCCCAGGUUGUCUACCUUCAACCAGGCUGGAGGCAGCAUGCAGCAGGAGUCUCUGGCGUCCAUCGUUGACUCUCUGAAGCUGGAGGAGAUUCAACCGUACCAGACGGAGAGGGCCAACCCUUACUACGAGUUCCUGCACAUCCGCAAGAAGAUCGAGGAGAAGCGUAAAGUGCUGCUGAGCGUCAUCCCCCAGCCGCCGCAGUAUUACGACGAAUACGUGACUUUUACCGGAUCGUACCUGCUAGACGGGAACCCGCUCAGCAAACUCUGUAUUCCAACUAUAACUCCCCCUCCGUCUCUACCGGACCAACUGAAGGAGAUGUUUAAACAACAGGAAGUCGUUCGUAUGAAGCUACGCUUGCAACACAGCAUUGAACGGGAAAAGUUGAUCGUUUCCAACGAGCAGGAAGUGUUACGAGUCCACUACCGGGCCGCCAGAACGCUAGCCAAUCAGACGCUCCCGUUCAGUGCAUGCACCGUGCUAUUGGACGCGGAAGUGUAUAACAUGCCUCAGGAUGCCCAGGCAAGUGGCAUGAUGUCACGCACCGUAGAAUCAGGUGACCAAGAUGGCAAGACGUCGGUGCGGGAUCGUUUCAACGCCCGCCAGUUCAUGUCCUGGUUACAAGAUGUGGACGACAAGUUUGAUAAACUCAAGACGUGUCUUCUGAUGAGGCAGCAGCACGAGGCAGCAGCUCUUAAUGCUGUCCAGCGUCUCCAUUGGCAGCUGAAACUCCAGGAGCUGGAUCCAGUCGUGUACAAGUCCACCUCCAUCUUCGAGAUAUCCGAGUUCUACAUCCCCCUGGUAGAGGUCAACGACGACUUUGACCUCACGCCCAUAUGACCCGUGACCUUUAGGCUCGGACCGGCAGUCAGGGGACCGAUGAUUAGGAAGGAUCAUCUAGUGGCCUAUCUACCGGUGAUGAAGAGAUGAAGGGAUGGAAACCGUGAGGCACUUGGAACAUAGAUAUGUGUAGAGAGCACCACUAGUGUGUGUGUGUGUGUGUGUGUGUGUGUGAGCAGCACUUCUCGACAUGUGGCUGUUUUACCACUGAGCUCCUAUGGUAGACACCACAGACCUCCCUCCCUCCUACACCAAGAGGCCUGGCCUUAUCCUCCCUAGUGGCACAUUGACUGCUUAUUCUGUUCUGGACAGGCCUGGAGCUCCACCAAGGCUCGGGGGCCCAGACCAUUCACUCACCCCAGGGGCCAGGGCCCGAGGCUGGGUAAAGGUUGGGGCAGCGCCAGGUGCUGCUGUCUGCUGAGAGGAGAGCGCGCCAGAGAGAGACCAAGCAUGGAUACUAUUCCCUAUAUAGGGCACUAUGUGAAGUGUAUAGAAAAUAGGGUGCCAUUGCUGAUGUUCCUUAUGGAGUCGACCAUAUCUCUGCACCUCCUGAUGUUCCCUAUGGAGUCGACCAUAUCUCUACACCUCCUGAUGUUUCCCUAUGGGGUCGACCAUCUCUCUGCACCUCCUGAUGUUUCCCUAUGGAGUCGACCAUCUCUCUACACCUCCUGAUGUUUCCCUAUGGGGUCGACCAUCUCUCUACACCUCCUGAUGUUUCCCUAUGGAGUCGACCAUCUCUCUGCCCUCUACACCUCCUGAUGUUCCCUAUGGAGUCGACCAUAUCUCUGCCCUCUACACCUCCUGAUGUUCCCUAUGGAGUCGACCAUCUCUCUGCCCUCUACACCUCCUGAUGUUCCUUAUGGAGUCGACCAUAUCUCUGCACCUCCUGAUGUUCCCCUAUGGAGUCGACCAUCUCUCUGCCCUCUACACCUCCUGAUGUUCCCUAUGGAGUCGACCAUCUCUCUGCCCUCUACACCUCCUGAUGUUCCUUAUGGAGUCGACCAUCACUCUGCCCUCUACACCUCCUGAUGUUUCCCUAUGGGGUCGACCAUCUCUCUGCACCUCCUGAUGUUUCCCUAUGGAGUCGACCAUCUCUCUACACCUCCUGAUGUUUCCCUAUGGGGUCGACCAUCUCUCUACACCUCCUGAUGUUUCCCUAUGGAGUCGACCAUAUCUCUGCCCUCUACACCUCCUGAUGUUUCCCUAUGGAGUCGACCAUCUCUCUGCCCUCUACACCUCCUGAUGUUCCCUAUGGAGUCGACCAUCUCUCUGCCCUCUACACCUCCUGAUGUUCCUUAUGGAGUCGACCAUAUCUCUGCACCUCCUGAUGUUCCCCUAUGGAGUCGACCAUCUCUCUGCCCUCUACACCUCCUGAUGUUCCCUAUGGAGUCGACCAUCUCUCUGCCCUCUACACCUCCUGAUGUUCCUUAUGGAGUCGACCAUCACUCUGCCCUCUACACCUCCUGAUGUUCCCUAUCGAGUUGACCAUCCCUCUGCCCUCUACACCUCCUGAUGUUCCCUAUGGAGUCGACCAUCUCUCUGCCCUCUACACCUCCUGAUGUUCCCUAUGGAGUCGACCAUCCCUCUGCCCUCUACACCUCCUGAUGUUCCCUAUGGAGUCGACCAUCUCUCUGCCCUCUACACCUCCUGAUGUUCCCUAUGGAGUCGACCAUCUCUCUGCCCUCUACACCUCCUGAUGUUCCCCUAUGGAGUCGACCAUCUCUCUGCCCUCUACACCUCCGGAUGUUCCCCUAUGGAGUCGACCAUAUCUCUACACCUCCUGAUGUUCCCCUAUGGAGUCACCCAUUCCUCGGCACCUCCCUCGUCGAGCAGGGUUACAAAACAACAGGAGAAGGAGAAGGAAAAAAAAACCCAUUUCAAUUCCACUUUUGUUUUUAAGUGUUUAUUACAUCGUACACAGACUUUCUUUUUUAACUUAUUUUCUACAGACAGAUUGUGCAUUUGUAAAUAACCCAUGUAAUGAUGGUUUGAAACUUGUACAGAAAAAAUUGCUAAUAAAUAUUUUGAUUGUAAAAAAA